CGUUAUAAAUUUACUGCUCACACAGUCACACAGUGGAAUUCGACUAUCCUCAGUCUGCCACGGCGCCAAACAGGACUAGAGAUGGCGCUCACUCAUCACCUCCUCCGCGUUCUCUUAGCCACCGCAUUACCGUUGCUCUUUCUCUCCCAUGCAGCAGAUGCGGGCGAGUUGGGCGUGUGCUACGGGAGGGACGCGGACAAUCUGAUGGACCCGCAAUCCGUGGUGAGCCUUCUCAGGGCGAACGGCAUCACGAUGGUGAGGAUCUUCGACGCCGACCCGGCGGUGCUGAGGGCGCUGGCGAACACCGGCAUCAAGGUGAUGGUGGCGCUACCCAACACCGAUCUGGGCUCCGCCGGCUGGGAUCCGAGCUACGCACAGAGGUGGGUGGAGAGCAGCGUGGUGCCCUACUACCCGGCCACGCUGAUCAACGGCGUGGCCGUGGGGAACGAGGUGUUCGAUCAGGCGCCUCACCUGACCCAGCAGCUGGUGCCGGCCAUGAGGAACGUGCACGCGGCGCUGGCGAGGCUGGGCCUCGCCGAUGCCAUAAGGGUGUCCACCCCGAUCACGUUCAGCUCAGUCGAGGUGUCAUUCCCGCCGUCCGCAGGCGCUUUCCGGGAUGACAUCGCGCAGUCGGUGAUGAGCCCCAUGAUCGACUUCUUGCAGCAGACUGACUCGUACUUUAUGGUAAAUCUCUACCCAUUCUUUGCAUAUGCGGAUCCUUCUACCGGAAUCUCCCUCGAGUACGCCACGUUCCGUCCCAAUGCUGGUGUGUUCGAUCCGGUGAGCGGCGUCACAUAUUACAGUCUCUUUGAUGCCGAGCUAGAUGCAGUUUACUAUGCAAUAAACAAGGUUUCUGGUAGUAACGAGAGGGCCUCGUUAGCCCAAGCAGGAGGACGGGUGCCCAUCAGAGUUUCAGAAUCAGGCCACCCCUCUGGUGGUAGAAUCCGCUCAGGGGUCACAGAAGCCAAUGCUGAUGGGGACUCGGUGGCAACUAAAGCUAACGCUCAAGCAUACAACAAUGGCCUUGCCAAGCGAGUCUUGUUCGGGGCCUCCAAUAUGGAGGAUGUUUCUGCGUACAUAUUCGCUUUGUUCAACGAGAACAAGAAGGGUGGGCCAUCUAUAGAGAGCAACUUCGGCCUGUUCUAUCCGGAUGGGACGAAGGUGUACGAUGUUGACUUUCAUGGUGGUGGUACAUGUCCCACAAAGGAGAGCUGGUGUGUGGCAAAUGCAGCUAUUGGGAAUGCACGGCUACAGGGAGCACUGGACUGGGCGUGUAGUAACGGCGCGGACUGCAGUGCUAUCCAACAGGGAAAAGUGUGCUAUGAGCCAAACACCAUGGUUGCACAUGCAUCUUAUGCAUUCAAUGACUACUACCAGCGUAAUGGCAAGGCAAGUAGCGCGUGCAACUUUGCCGGUGCUGCUUACAUCGUCUACAAGCCAUCACCAAGCAUCUGUGACCCGAACCCGAGUUGGUGCGUGGCGAACGCAGAGGUCGGGGACAUGCGGUUACAGGCAGCACUAGACUAUGCAUGCAGUAGCUGCGCAGACUGCAGUGCCAUCCAGCCUGGUGGACGGUGCUUUGAUCCUAACACCAAGGUGGCGCAUGCGACCUAUGCAUUCAAUGACUAUUACCAGACUGCCGGCAGGGCAAGUGGCUCGUGUGACUUUGGUGGUGCUGCUUCCAUCGUCAACCAGGCACCGAGAAUUGGAAACUGCGUACUCCCACCAAGCAAGACUUCUUCAAUGAACAUAUUUUACUGAAGACCGAAGGUAGCUUACCAGAAGCUCAAUAAUGAAAGUGGGAUUGAAGAAUAGCCCCGUAUUACUGUGCUGAGAAAAUAAGGAUGAUAUUGUAUUUAGAUUCUGGUUAAGAAUUUUAAGUGUAUUCCGUUCGCUCUUGUUGAAUAAAAUUCCUUUCUACACAAUGCAGAAUAAAAUGUACAAUAAACUCCAUCAAACUCCUAGAGUGCAAUGGAAAAUUUGGGAAUGCAAAUACACUUAGCUGCCUAAA